GCGGGGGUUAGGCGGGUUUGAUUGUUGUCUGAAAUCGCUUGUGCUGUAAUAAAUGAGUAUUUACUUGAUUUGCAAUGCAUUACUUACCAUAUUCCUUAUAAUUAUUGCUGAUACAUUCACAUAAUUUGUUUCUAAGAUGGAUAAUUUAAAUAAUCCGUCUUGUCCAGUUUGCAUGAAAGAUUUAGCAACCAGACAACCGAAGUUGAUGCCAUGUCUUCACACAGUCUGCAAGGCUUGUAUUCUCGUUAAUCCAGAGACCGCAACUUCCAGGUGUCCUGUUUGCAGUCAAGAAUGUCGUCUCGCCAGCGACGUCAUUGAUGAUUACUUCAUUAUAUCCGCUGCUGCCAAGUCAGAUGCGCCAAAAGAGACCCUAUGUACAAGUUGCGAAGACCGUGCAGAUGCAUCGUCAUAUUGCCAAGACUGUCAGGAAUGGCUUUGCGACGCAUGCGUCCAAGCGCACUAUCGUGUGCGUGUCACCAAGGACCACAUCAUUAGCCGUAAAACAGAUGCUGAAAGGGCGUUGGCGCGGGUCGGUGACCGUCCCCUCUUCUGCCCAAAUCACAAGCAGGAACAACUGCAACUAUAUUGUGAAACAUGCGACAGAUUAACAUGUAGGGACUGCCAACUGCUACACCAUAAGGAGCACAGAUAUCAAUUUGUGAGUGAAGCCUCAGCACGCCACAAGUCAUCACUAAAGGUCCUCCUGAAUAAACUAGCUGGAAAGCAGGUGUCAAUUACGCAAACAAAAGACUUGAUCAAUCAGAAGAUUAAUGAUGUUAGCAAGAAGCAAGACCACAUGAUACGCAAUAUACAAAACCUAACGUCAAAAGUUAUACUUGAAAUCAAUGAGACUUCAAGAAGGAACAUUGCUGAAUUGACAUCACACUGCGAUAAAAAGCGAUCAUUUUUAUCAACUCAAAUGCAUGAGGCCGUGAAACUUGAGAAAAUUUUGCGACAUUGUCACCAAUUUACAUCACUUGCUGUCCAGUCGUCGAGUAACAUUGCUUUAUUACAAACAAAGAAACAGAUUAUUAAACAAUUGAUUCUUGUUUUAAGGACUGGAUGCACGAGACACCCGGUAACUGGCCUGGAUAUUAAUUAUGUUGUUAACGUGAACAAUCAGUCACUUGCGCAGCUGAAAAACUUGGGGACAUUGGUAGUGAAAGAGCAGCAAGAAAAUCAGUCUGCAGCUACUGCACCGAACCCACAUUUGAAACCGCAGCCGCAUUUCAGUCUUCAGCAGCCGCCAGGGCACUCUCAUAACAACCGUGGUUCUUAUCCUAUGCAGGCGGUUGCCCCCAACAUUCAUAUGCACAGGCCGGUAGUUACAACGUUACCUCAGACUUCAUCCAACAUGCUGGCGUCGCAGAAGCACCAGCCUAACUUGAGAUACGCAGGCAACAACCUUGUUCUCGGUACGCAGAAUUCAAAUCUUUACAGGGAGCGUGUGGAAAAUUGUUUAAAAACCAAGGAAAGGUUAAAGAUACUGUCGUCCAUGGCACCGGCACAAGGUACUAUUACAAAUUCAUCCUCACCGGGACCAUCAAGCUCAUCUGCCUCAGGUAGUCCGAAUGCACCUUUAAUUGAACCAAAGAAAGAACCUGUGUCUCCAGGAGAAUCACGGCCACCAAGUAAAGAGCAUCACACAAAUGACAACAGCGUCGCUUUUGUCCCCAUUCGCAUCGAGAAUGUCGUAAGUCUUCAUAAAGAAGAAAGUGUGAAAUUAAAAGAUGAAGUGAUUAAGGAUGAAGUACUGCCAUCAUGCGCUGUAGCUGGAAAACACGGCGGUCAAAUGGCAGAAUCCUCGAGUUCUACUGCUGUAACGAGUAACUCUAGUGUUGAGCAGCCCUCCUUUAGUUUUAACAGCACUAUUGAUUCAAUUCUUGCAACCAAGCCAGCGUAUGUAUCAUCUGCUAGCCCUGAUGACGAAAGUUUGCCACCGUCGUCAUCAAAGGAUCACAAUGACCCAAAUGAGGACUGGUGUGCUGUGUGUAAGAAUGGAGGAGACUUGCUGUGCUGUGACAGCUGCCCUCGUGUGUUUCACCUCAACUGCCACAUUCCUAUUCUUCCAAAUACACCAAGCGAUGCAUUUAUUUGCACCCUAUGUAAGGAUGUUGGAGAAGAGGUUCUCGAGGGUGGUCGGAAACGCAAGAUAUCAGCAGACUUCUCGGAGAGGGAUCAAAAGGUGUGCGAACGUAUAUUACUGGAACUUUUCUGCCAUCCGUCAAGUUUCCCAUUUCAUGAGCCUGUUGACAGAUCGGUUCCAAACUAUUAUAAGGUGAUCAGUAAGCCGAUGGAGUUGGUGACAAUAAAAGAGAAGCUGAAGCCAUCUUCAACCCAACAAUAUGAGUCUCUAGAUGAAUUUAUAAGUGAUGUGAAAUUAAUGUUUAGUAAUUGCUUACUUUUCAAUGGGGAAACAUCAGAUAUCGGUCGUGUUGCCAGAAACAUCGAGCGAUUCUUUCUGAAACAAUUGAAAAAGUUUUUCCCGGAUUAUACAGAAGAUCUGUCAAGUAAUUACCAAGAGGAUCGGUUCAACAAACGCAAACGGCGCCCUCAAGAUAUUCUCCACAUUAAGUAAACUGUAUUAAUUGCCUGUUUCAUUGAAAGUUCAUAACUUGUCCGAUCCUCUUAUUAUAAAUAAGGCAUGCCAUCCCAAAACGUACUGUCGCUAUAUGUUAAACAGCGUAUCUAGGAGUCUUGAAAAGUGGGGGUGGGGGGCUUGAGUGUGGUGCGAAGGUGGAGUGGGUGUGUAAAGGGCUCGAAUAUUAAGUGAGGGGGUGAUAGGUGAGUAAUUAGCAUACGAAAUGUGGCGGUAUUAGUACAAGGAAGCCAUUAUACUUUUACUUGUAAUUCUAUAAAUAGUAAGUCAAUUCUAGUGAAUGACUCGUCAUUUUAAAGCUCUUAAUAUGGAUUAUAUGAAUACGCUAAAAAGUCAAUUUCCAUUUUUUGGCCAUUGAUGCUGGUUUUGGGAUGGCAUGCCCCAAAUAAGCAAUUAUAUAUUUUAAUUAAAGUAAAUUAUAAACAAUUCAUU